CUAAUAUAUUUCGAGCGAAGUACAGCAGGACCUCGCGGGGCAUGCUGGGUAGGGCACAUUGAGCAGCGGCCAUAUUUAUUUCAUCGUCCGAUUUGAAGGAGAGAAGGGAGAUGAAGGGGAUUCGGGGAAUCAGUCAGCUGACAUCAAGACUCUAUGGAGCCCAGGCUGCACGUUACGUGGAUGCAGCUUUUAAGUUUCAGCCACAGGAUGUGCAGGUGACCAAACUGUCCAGUGGUCUGGUCAUCGCCUCACUCGAGAACUAUUCUCCUGCCUCCAAGAUCGGAGUAGUUGUUAAGGCUGGCUGUCGUUAUGAAACACCUGAGAAUCAGGGAGUCACUCAUCUGCUUCGCCUGGCCUCCAACCUGACAACCAAAGGAGCUUCAGCUUUUAAGAUAUGUCGUGGUGUUGAGGCCGUGGGAGGUAGUCUGAGCGUGGCUUCAACCAGAGAAGACAUAAUAUACAGUGUCGACUGCCUGAGAGAUGACUUUGAUACAGUGAUGGAGUAUUUAAUCAACGUGACAACUGCUCAGGAGUUUCGCUCCUGGGAGGUGUCAGAUCUCACACCCAGAGUGAAGAUGGACAAGGCUCAGGCUGCAUUAAACACUCAGAUAGCCGUCACUGAAGCUCUGCAUGCAGCUGCCUACAAGAACGCCCUCUCUAACUCUCUGUACUGUCCAGACCACAUGGUUGGAAACAUCCAGUCUGAACAUCUGCACCAAUUCGUCCAGAACAACUUCACUAGUGCUAGAAUGGCUCUUGUGGGUCUGGGUGUUGACCACGGUGUUCUGAAGCAAGUGGGAGAACAGUUCCUUAAUAUCCGCAGUGGAGCAGGAACUUCUGGGACCCAAGCUCAGUAUCGUGGAGGUGAGGUGCGUCUGCCCAGCACCAGCAGUUUGGUCCACUCAGCUGUGGUCAGCCAGUCAGCAGCAACCGGAACCAGUGAAGCUCUGGCCUUUGCUGUCCUGCAGCAUGUCCUGGGAGCCGGUUCAUAUGUGAAGAGAGGUUACAGCAGCACUAGCAAACUGAUCCAGGGUGUUUCCAAGGUCACUGCUGACCCAUUUGAUGUCAGUGCUUUUAAUGCGAGCUACAGUGACUCUGGCCUUUUUGGAGUCUAUACUGUCUCCCAGGCUUCACAGGCUGGUGAUGUGAUUAAAGCUGCUCUGGCUCAGGUCAAGGCUGUAGCUGACGGUGGAGUGACUGCUGCUGACCUCACUCGUGCAAAGGCACAGCUGAAGGGUCACAUCCUGAUGUCUCUGGAGACUUCUGAGUCUCUGCUGGAGGCCAUGGGCAGCCAGGCUCUGACGCAGGGUUCCUACUCCUCACCUGAAGAGGUCACCAAAAGCAUCGACAACGUGUCUUUGACCGAUGUGGCCAACGCUGCAGGUACAUUUAUAUCAGGAAAGAAGACCAUGGCGUCCUGUGGAAACCUCGUCAAGACCCCCUUCCUGGAUGAGCUCUAAAGCCCCACCCAUUGGCAGCCAGGCUCAGUUUUCUUUACAGUCUUUAUCUGUAGUCAGUGUUCUGGUUCUGACAGUGAAUAAUGUCACCACAAUACUCUAUCACUGUACGUGUUAACUAAGGUGUCUGUUCAGCUGAGUCUGCUCCGAUCAUGUGACCAUGUCAACUGUAUAGCAGAUGUAAAAUAAUAAACUCUAUCAACCUCACAUACACCUGGGAUCACUCACCUUGUGGUUGUUGAAGUGGUGUUAAAUUCUUACAUAUCCAACCAUGAUCUCUUGUUUCUCGUUGUCUUUAAAUCAUGGCAAUUACCAAAUCAAUUCAAUUGUUUUUGACAAUUACAAUAAGAUUUCUGCUGAAUUCAGUUUUGUCGUAAACCGUGAGCAGUAACAGUGGGUUUGCAGGUUUGAUUCCCCCUCAUCCAUAGUCUUUAGUCCAGUUAAGAACUUUCAGUGAUGAAACUCCAACUGUGCCGCCGCCUAAUGAACGAAUAACAUGACAGUGAAUCUUCUCCUGGAUGUGAGGAUGUUGUUGUUCUGAAAAUGCUAACAAAAUGUCCCUUUUUAUUUUCCAUAUUUGUCAUUUGUCCCAUUCUUACAAAAAAGAAAAUAUUCAUAAAAGUACAGAAAUAGUCUCUUAUUUGUCAGAAGCAAAAUAACAGAAAGUGACUGUAACUUUCAAAUUGUAUAAAAAAUAAUAAAACAGUAAAACCUUUAAAA